GCUUGAUUAGUGUCGGUGUGACAGCCGAUCUGACAGACUGCAGUGUGUUUAUCAUGACAGAAGGGGAUUUAACGCCUCUGUAGUCUGGUUUGGCAGCUCUGAUGUGACACUCUUGAGUGUGAAAAAAUGGAGCAGACGGAUCGUUCUCCGUUAAAGCGCUUUGUGCUGGCCAAAAAGGAGAUUGGCGAAGUUUUCGAUCACCUUUUGGUUUACGUACAGGAGGGCUCAGAGUUUGUGAAAGAGACGAGUUCUAACGAAUCGCUGAAGAGCAUUGCGAACAGGAGCCAGCUGGAUGAAAUCGAGGCGUACACAAGCAAACUGUCCACUAUCAGAGAGGUGUUAGCCCGCAGACACAUGAAGGUGGCCUUCUUCGGCAGAACAAGCAAUGGUAAGAGCACCGUUGUCAAUGCCAUGCUGCACGACCGCGUGCUGCCCAGCGGCAUCGGACACACCACCAAUUGCUUUCUGAGUGUGGCGGGGACGGAUGAAGACAAGGCUUAUCUGAAGACGGACAGCUCUGAGGAGGAGAAGAGCAUCAAGACAGUAAAUCAGCUGGCUCACGCGCUGCACAUGGAUGAGAGUUUGGACGCUGGCUGUCUGGUGAAAGUGUUCUGGCCCAAGACGAAGUGCGCUCUGCUCAGAGAUGACCUGGUUCUGAUGGACAGUCCUGGAACUGACGUCACCACACAGCUGGACAGCUGGAUCGAUAAGUUCUGUCUGGACGCUGAUGUGUUCGUGCUGGUGGCCAAUUCUGAAUCCACUCUGAUGAACACGGAGAAGCAUUUCUUUCACAAGGUGAACGAGCGCCUGUCCAAGCCCAACAUCUUCAUCCUGAACAAUCGCUGGGACGCGUCCGCUGCGGAACCCGAGUACAUGGAGGACGUGCGGAAGCAGCACACGGACCGGUGCAUGAACUUUCUGGUGGAGGAACUGAAGGUUGUGGACCGUCAUCAGGCGCCCAAUCGCAUUUUCUUCGUGUCGGCGAAGGAAGUGCUGAACUCACGCAUGCAGCGGGCGCAGGGAAUGCCAGAGACGGGCGGAGCUCUUGCCGAGGGAUUUGAAGAGCGCUUGAAGGAGUUCCAGAACUUUGAAAGAAGGUUUGAGGAGUGUAUCUCGCAUUCAGCAGUGAAAACAAAGUUUGAACAGCACACGAAAACAGCCACGGAUAUCACAAACGCUGUCAAAGACAUCAUGGAUGAAAUCAACAUCGCCUCCGCUGACAAGAGGGUCGUGUCUCUGGAGGAGAGAGAGUAUCUGAUCGACCGACUGGAUUUCGUCCGCAGUCAACUCAACCUGCUCAUCCAGGACAUCAAGAAGCAAAUCAAACUCAUCACAGAGGAGGUGGAGAACAAGGUGUCGAGGGCGAUGGAGGAGGAGAUCUGCCGUCUCUCUGCUCUCAUAGAUGAGUAUCGUUCAGAUUUCCACCCGUCACCUCACGUGCUCAAGUUGUACAAAUCUGAUCUUCUCGCUCACAUCGAGCAGGGCAUGGGCAAGAAUCUGGCCUUCCGCUGUUCGGAUGCAGUCAACGCGUCUGUUCAGUCCUCUCAGAAAGACAUGAUCGAGUGUCUGAAGCCUCUGCUGCCCUCUGGUGUUCAGACUCACAUCCACACGCUCGUCCCCAGCAGAAAGUUCGAGCUCAGCUAUGAUCUGAAUUGCGCCACGCUCUGCUCAGACUUCCAGGAGAACAUCGAGUUUCAGUUCUCCUUGGGCUGGACCACCCUGGUCCAUCGUUUCCUCGGGCCUGUGAACGCCAAACGUGCCUUGAUGCUGGUGGAUCAGAAGUUACAGCUGACUGGAGCGAGCUCUCCUUCAGCCCCAGCGGUGGUCCAGUCUCAGACAUGCAGAGCACCGGGACCUCAGGGACAGAAUCAAGCGGUGGUGACGCAGGAAGAGCUCAUGAUGUCCAUGGUGACCAACCUGGCGUCUGUCACCUCUCGCAUGUCCAUGAGCGUCAUCAUCGUCGGAGGAGUGGUGUGGCGGACGGUGGGCUGGCGUGUGAUCGCUCUCUCCACGAGUCUCUAUGGAAUGCUGUACCUGUAUGAAAGACUCACCUGGACCACCAAAGCUAAAGAGCGAGCUUUGAAGAGACAGUUUGUGGAUUAUGCCACCGACAAGCUGAAAAUGAUCAUCAGCUUCACCAGCUCAAACUGCAGUCAUCAGGUUCAGCAAGAGAUUGCCAGCACAUUCGCCCGACUCUGUCAGCAGGUUGACAUCACUCAGAAAGACCUGGAGAACGAUAUUCAGCGCCUCACCAGCAAGAUCCAACAGCUGGAAAGUGUACAGAACCGCUCCAAAGUUCUCAGACAUAAAGCCACAGGUCUGGAGGAACAGCUGGAGGAUUUCAGGUCACAGUAUCUGCUGCCUCCGCUCUGAUUUGUCGACCAGAGGAUGAUGUCACUCUUAUCAAACACCUGACGUUCAGAGAAAUCUCUUCUCAACAGAUGUCUUGAGGAAUGUGGCAAAAAACAACCACCUGUUGUUACUUGUAGUGAAAUGUAAAGCUUGCGUCCUUGAACUGAAGAUGUUGGUUUAGGCUUAAACAUCUUUUCUGUAUGAAGGUGCAGUGGGACUUUUCACAAACAUGUGUGACGUGUGAAACUGCCAUAUUGAAGCUUUUUUCUGCUGGACAAAUCAGAGAUUUGUUGUUCAGCUUCAGAAUAAUGUUGAUGAAAUACUUCCAUUAUAUAAAACUACGUUCAUUUAACAGCAUUUUGCACAGAUAUGGUCUCUUCAGAAAGAGAUGAAGUUCAUGUUACGGAUUUUGUAGAUUUGCCUUUUGAUCACAAAGCCUAUUUCUGUAUUUUUACGAUUCAGUAAAUCUAACCUCUGUUGUAGCACGUAACAGUGAUAUGCUGUAAAAACCUUUCCCUGGAAUGAACAAUAAAAACUUCAUUAGUAAACA